AUGGGGAAUGAUCCCACACUGAUUAACGCUCUACUACGCCGUCUGUUGUCUACUUUCAAGAUUCGUGACCUUGGUACCCCCGGGUUCUUUCAUGGUAUUGAAACACUCAUGGUUGAUACCGGGAUAAUGUUGUCACAACGCCGGUAUAUGGGCGACAUUCUAAACCGCGCCGGCAUGGUCAAUUGCAAACCGUUAGCAACUCCAACUUCUGUUACGCAAGCUGUUUCUCCCUCCGACCUACCGUUUGUAAACCCGACACAGUAUCGACGUAUUACAGGCGCCCUACAAUAUUUAACUAUCACCCGGCCGGAUUUGUCCUAUGCUAUUAACCGUCUAUGUCAGUUCAUGCAUCCCCCGACUAACGAACAUUGUGGCCUUCUCAAGCGAGUCUUGCGGUAUAUCAAAGGCACUUUAGACUACAGUUUACGUCUCUUGGUAUCCGCUUCCUCGACUAUCCAUGCGUUCUCUGACUUCGAUUGGGCCGGAUGCCCGUUGGACAGGAAAAACACAAGUGGUUAUUCAGUUUUCUUAGGCUCCAAUCUCAUCUCUUGGAUCUCCCAGAAGUAG